AUGGAGCCCAUUGAAAUUGAUAGUUCGCCAGAGGAGGAAAGGCUAGUACCUCCAGACUCGGCCAAUAGGAAUGGCUUUGAGCUGAUGGCAGCAGAUGAGACAGAGGGCGACGAACCAGUUGCUGAAGCUGGGUCGCGCGAGUCUGCAGAAGCCCCAGAUGCUGAGGAUAUGCAAGUCGAUGGUGACGAUAAAAUCUCUGAGAAAAUUCAUUCAGAAGCGGCAUCAGCUUCAGAGGAUGAUGAUGAAUUUAUGGACGAAGAUGCAGAGACUGCCGUCAAGGUCUCGACAGCAGAUCGCCUAGCAGAGCUAUCUGCCAUUGAUGCACUCCUGGCGACAGUCCCUCAAUCUGCGGCUGAAGCUCUCGCUGCCCUCAAUCCGUCCGUUUCGCCACCAGCCGGCAGCACACGCGCUGCACUCUACGCUGAGGCUGCCCAGCGUCUUUUGGAUGCGCUUGAAUCCUCCACUGCCAGACUCAAGCGUAGUGUUCGUGCACUAGAAGAACAGGAAGUCGUUGCGACGCGCAUGGGCGUUACAUUUGCACCUUUGUCGGUCUCUCAGGCUAAAACAAGUUCAGCUCAGGAACCCCUCAAAGGCCUUGCUGAGGUCCUUGAGUCAAGUGCAUCGGCCAAGUCGCUCAUGGCAGCAAGCCCUGUUUGA